GGCUCGGUGGUGAAAAGUAAGGAUCCCAAAGAGACUCGCCUUCUUUUUCCUCUCUCCAUACUACCUCUCCAAUACUUGCCACCCUAUCUCUUUCCUUCCUUCCGUUCAAAAUCGUUCAGCAGUGCGCAGCAGCGCCCCCAGAUGUCCGCUUAUUUCUGGUAAUACCGCCGCAAUUGCAUUGUAUUCAAUCAAUCUUCCUUGUCUCUGUGACAUUCUUAGUAACAUUCUGGAUCUGCGUUCCGCCCUCACUAUCUGUUCUUCCUCUUCCAUUCGUCGAGCUCCGAGUAUCUAUUCCCGUGGGGCUGAAGGAGGCUAUCCCGCCUCGGUCUUCCUUCGUUAUCGAAAUAAAGUCUCCAAUCGCCCAGAAUGUCUAGUCUACGAGAUAUAAUGGACGUGGAUGUGGAGCCUCUCGAGUCUCAAGCCAUCCAAAGAUCAAGAGACGUCGCGCUCCUCCAAAACCAAUCCCUCGACACAUUGUCGAGGAUAGUACCAAGCACUACACAGCGGUCCGUCAAGAGGAAACGCCUAACCCGCGUCAGCAAGCCUUCAUCGUCGGCGGGGUCGCCACGCUCAGGCACCACACGUCGGCGCAGUAGUGGCGCGACAGAGCUGAUGGAUCCAUCGGGUUACGGGCAAGGCGGCUCGCAAAAUAAUAUGAGGCCAUCGUUGCCGCGCGGGCUCGAAGCAGAACAGCCUGUCCGAUAUACUCCAGUCACUGGGCGUGUGAGCAAGGCAAAGAAGGGCCAGCCCGUCCAUGUCUGUGAGCAAUGUGAUGAGCCAAGGGCCUUCACAAGAGCAGAGCACUUACGACGCCACCAACUAAGCCACGAACAAGCAAACCUGCCGUGCACCUUUCCAGAUUGUGAGAGGGUCUUUCACCGUCCCGACCUUCUCUCUCGACACAUGAGUCGGCAUGAAAUUCAAGGUGAUGGGCCGUAUAGGACCAGCCAUUACAAGCCUAUCGACAACGAGCAGGGAUCACGAUCAUCGUCGACAUCGAGCAAUCCACGAACACCACCACAAAAGUAUUUACCGCAGCAGCCCAACAUGAAUGCGCCCAACUCAUCUCCCAACAUCCAGGCUCCCACGGCAAAUACAAGUGCAAAUAUGCGCCUGUCGAAGGAAUACGAACCUAUAAUGGGUUCCUUCCAGGCCGUCAACGUCUCGGAACCCUCAAACCAACGCCCGCGGAGCCGCACCGACGGCUUCGAGACCUCUGGUCUCCGAUUCUCCCCCGCGAGCGGCUCCAUGACCUCCCACGCCCUCAACACCACCUCCACCUACCACACCAUCCCCAUGAGCGCCAACAUGGCCUCUGACUUCCUCCUCAGCCAGCCUUCCACCCUCGGUCCCGCCUUCGAACAGUCCACCUACUCCUCCCUCACCUCAAACUUCUACUCCGCCUCUGGCCCCGGCGACAUCCCCCCACUCACCCUCCAAGUCCCCGACCACGCCUACAACCCCUCCCUAGCAUCCCCUCCCUACAACUCCUCCGAGUCCACCUGGUCCACCCCCUCUGACGUCUCGCGCCAAGGCACCGCCUGGCCGCGCGACCGCGCCCUCCCCGCCGGCUGGGCCGCUGCUGAGUCCCUCUCCACGGCUGCGCAGCAGCAACAGCAACCUCUGCUUAUCGCGCAGAACAUGCAUCUUCUCCACCAACAGGGGGGUCUCGAUAUCGUCCCCGAGCGCUUCGAGGGCCAGUUUAUUCCGAAUACACGGCAAUACGGUAAUUCAAUUGUGAUCUGCCAGCCGCUGGAUGAGCAGGGUGGCGUUGAGGGGGCCGGUGAUAUGUACAACAAAGACGGAUCAGACGCGAGGGACUACCCGCACCAGCAGCAUGGUCAGUUUAUGGAUGACCGCUUCUAUUGCUAUAUAUAAGGACAAGGGCUCAUGUGGAUUCGCAGUUUUCGGCAGCGGCUUUUACCACGGUCUUUGAGCCCGCUUUUUCCGGUUUUAAUAACUGGUGAGGCAGGCCGCGAUAUCUUUUUUAUUAAAGAAUAAUUUGUUUGAGAGAGAGGGAAAAUGGGGGUGGGUGGGAACAGACGGACCAGAUGAGACAGACGAAAAGACAGAUGAAGAUGGGACAGGAGUCAUGAUUUUUUUGGGUGUUUUUUUUGGGGAUAAGUUAGAGCAUACGCACAACCUCGCACCAAACCAACGAUCAAACUUCACCACCAACACCGCCACCGCCACCACAACGCCUUUCUUCUAACCCCGAUACCCGAAACGGCAUAAUGACCAUAUUUUUUAAAGCUUCAAUUAAACAACUCUGCUUCUUUGUUUGUUUUUUUGGCUUUUAGUUUUAUUAUUAUUAUUAUUAACGUUAACUUAUACUUCUUGCCUCCUUGCUUUUCUCUGAGUGCUUUGUGGUUUCGUGUGCUUUUAUCUUGGUGCUUCCUUCCAUCUUCUCAUGAUGCUUCUUACCUUCCGGCCAUUUACUCUUUCAUCUCACUUACCGCUUGGUGCUUUUGUUUGCAUACCCGUUUUGCCGCACAUUUUUGUUUUGAUGUUUCUGCGAGGACGGCGGGUUGUGGAUGAGAUGGGAUGAUGUGAGAUAAGGCAUAACACCCACCCUAGGGUCACGUAUACAACAAAAGACAUACAGGUAGGCAUAAUCGAGGACAAACGGAUAACAGGGGCGGGGAAAUAUAUCCCAAAAGUUACACGCAACUGAUGCACCGCAUCGAUGGUGGGGCUGCGGGUUUAGGUAUACGAUGGAUUGG